GUGAUCUCUCGGAUCGCUCGGAUCGCGGCCGCCUGGCGGGUGUCCCUGUACACGGAAACGAGCGCACCGGGCACCGCCCACCACCAAAGCUGGCUCCCGUGCCUCCCACCGCUGCUAGCGUGAAAAUAGACAGCUAGCUGCUAGCUGGCUAACCAGUUGCUGUGUGCGAGUGUGUGUCCUCCAGACUGAGAUGGCAGCAGCAGGUGGAACCCCAGGUCCGAGGGUCGCGGACUGCGUGACCAAGGUGUCGCUGAGCGUCUCCUGUGACAAUCUGCUCGACAUGGACUCAUUCUCAAAGUCCGACCCACUGUGCGUGCUUUUCAUGAACAGCUCUGGGCCACACUGGUGUGAGAUUGGCCGGACCGAAAAAAUAGAGAACUGCCUUAAUCCCAGCUUCUCCAAGACUUUUGUCAUUGACUACUACUUUGAGAUGGUGCAGAAGCUGAAAUUUGAAGUGUACGACAUUGACAGUUCCAACUGCAGUCUGCAAGAUGCCGACUUCCUGGGAGAAAUGGAAUGUACCCUGGGGCAGGUUGUGUCUUCAAGGAAACUAACAAAACCACUUGUCAUGAAGGACAAGAGGCCGGCAGGAAAAGGAACCAUCACCAUAUGCGCUGAAGAAAGAACAGACAACAGGGCCGUGGAAUUUGAAAUUGCGGCCAGAAAACUGGAUAAAAAGGAUUUCUUCGGGAAGUCCGACCCUUUCCUGGAAUUCUACAAGCAGACAGAAAGUGGAUGGCAGCUUGCUCACAGAACAGAGGUGGUGAAAAACAACCUAAACCCAACAUGGAGACGAUUCCGUGUCCCGCUGCAGUCACUCUGUGGAGGUGAUGUAGAGAAAUCUAUAAAGGUAGAUUGUUACGACUACAACAACAGCGGAUCACACGAAAUUAUUGGAUCCUUUCAGGCCACACUCUGCCAAAUACAGCAGGGUUCACAGACCUACGCGGCCGAGUUUGAAUGCAUCAAUAGUAAGAAGAAACAGAAGAAGAAAGGAUACAAAAACUCUGGUGUUAUUGUGAUAAAACAGUGCAAGGUGGUAAAGGAGUACACGUUUCUGGAUUACAUAAUGGGUGGCUGCCAGAUUAACUUCACUAUCGCUAUAGACUUCACAGGUUCCAACGGGGAUCCCAAGUCCCCGUUGUCCCUCCACUACAUCAACCCUCAGGGCUACAAUGAAUACCUGGCAGCUAUCUGGGCUGUAGGUAAUGUCAUCCAGGACUAUGACAGUGACAAGAUGUUCCCUGCUUUUGGUUUUGGAGCCCAGAUCCCUCCUACGUGGCAGGUCAGCCAUGAGUUUCCCAUCAACUUCAAUCCAUCAAAUCCAUUUUGUGCAGGUAUAGAAGGUGUGGUGGGCGCCUACCAGCAGUGUCUACCUCAGGUGAAACUUUAUGGCCCCACGAACUUUUCUCCAAUCAUCAACCAUGCGGCCCACUUUGGCAGGCAGGCUCUGCAGCAGAAAACGGCCUCGCAAUACUUUGUUCUGCUCAUCAUCACCGACGGAGUGAUCACAGACAUGGAUCAGACCCUCAACGCCAUCGUCAACGCCUCUCGUCUGCCCAUGUCAAUCAUCAUAGUUGGGGUAGGGGGGGCGGACUUCAGUGCCAUGGAGGUCCUAGAUGGGGACGAUGGAAUUUUACGCUCUGCUACAGGCGAGGCCGCCAUGAGGGACAUUGUGCAGUUUGUCCCAUUCAGGCAGUUCCAGAAUGGUCCUCAAGAAAUGCUCGCUCAGAGUGUCUUGGCAGAAGUCCCUGGUCAGAUGGCAAGUUUCUUCAACACAAUGGGUUUGAUGCCACCCCAAGGCAACACCCCUCCCCCUGACCUCUCAGCAUCAGCACCCCCCCAGUGAGGGAUCCUGAGGAUCAGCUUUUCUCCUCAGUAUAACACCUUCAAAUGUCCACUCAUAUAUUAUUCCUAUUGUUGGCAAGUCCACUUGAACUCUGAAUCAAGUGGACUGAAUUUGUCAUUUGCUGGUCCUUUUCUUCUAAGUAUAUUAUUCAUAAAAUGGGAAUGCGAGAAAAAAAAUACAGAAGGUAUAUAGCCAUAGUACUUCUAACCAUCUAACAUUUGUUGUCUUGCACGUAACAUUAAUAUUUAAUGUGACCCUUGUCUUGUCUUUUAGUGACUCAAGUGCCAGAAUUGUUAAGAUUUUAUCAUUUCUUAUUUUAUCAUUUGGUUCAUGAAUCAGGUGAAACACGUGUGUUUUGACUCAAGGUUUUUGGUUUUCGUUGAAAAACUGAGGCAAUAUCCAUCUGCGUGGUCAGUCAGAAACUCUGCAUGAAAGGGCAAGAGUACUUUCUGCUCAUGUCUCCGUUUCAAUUGAGAUCAGGGACCUUGGUCAAAGUAAUGGCUUUGCCAAACACCAGGAAAACUUCAACAAUGUUUACAAAUGAGGGCUUAACAGAUGAAUAGUUUGAAUAUCUCUUGUAAUUUUACCUUACAAAAGUCGCUGCAUUGUGUCCCUGCUGCUGUUUUGCACGUCUUGUCUAUUUCUGUUUUGGUUUGAUGUAAUACUUGGUGCUUAAACGAACGUUAUCUCAGGGAGCCCUUCAUUGCACCAGUGGAGAGCUUCAUUUGGUAAAAUAUACGUUUACAUUGAUUCACAUUUAAAGUUCAAUCUGUCAUCAAACUUAACUGACAGUUAUGAAAAUGACCACGUACAUUUCAUUAAGUAUUUUACAUUUGUAUUUUUAGUGUAUGUUAAGUUGUUUGCACUGAUCACUGUGCCAAUGCCUUAUCUAAUAUAACUUUCUUUGUCAUUGAUGUUGAUUUUAUCAAUAUUUUAUGUAAAUGUGAUAUGUAAUUGAAGAAGAAAAAAUCUAAUUUGACGAGCAAAAUAGCAAUUUUCUACUUUAACACAUUAAUGUAUAAUUCUGAGACUAUUAGUUUAUGCCACCUCCUUAAACAUUAAAAACAUACUUAAUGCGU